AUGGCGAAGAUGGUGAGAAGAACGUGUGCGUUUUGUUCAGAAGGGGAGGCUGGUUCUGUAAUGUAUAUUGCCAAAGAGCGAAAUAUUGCAGCUCAUCAGGAUUGUCUGUUAUUUUCCUCAGGAUUUGUGGAAUCUGAAGAGUAUAACCCAGAUAAUCUGGAUAUAAGGUUUGAUGUGGCAUCAGUGUUGAAAGAACUCAAGAGAGGAAAGCGGCUGAUGUGCAACUUCUGUCGAAAGAAAGGAGCCACUGUGGGAUGUGAGGAAAGAGCCUGUCGCAGAAGUUAUCACUAUUUCUGUGCGCUCUGUGAUGAUGCAGCAAUAGAAACGGAUGAAGUAAAUGGAGUCUACCGAGUGUUCUGCCCAAAACAUGACCCAGGCAAUAGGACCAAUCACUAUGGUGCAGCUAAUAAGAGGAGAAGACAUGCACUGAAAUCUUCCACCAUCACGGAACAAAUGACCACAGAAGAGACAGUGGAAGAAAACAGUUUACGAAUACUAAAAAGAAAAAACAACAGGCAUAAAGGUGCGACUCACUUUAUAGAACAGCUAGAUACUGUGAUCUGUCAUGUUGAAGUUCAGAGCUUGGAGACGGUUGAUAGCAGUGCCGCUGCAAAC